AAACCGUUUGAAAAGAGCUUUUAAACGUACCCGUAGCAAUAAUUUACCUUGAGCUUUACUUUUUAUACUGUAAUCGAACAUGUUUACAUAGAAGAGGCGAAGACUACCGUGUCUAGUGAAUAAAAUGUGUUUAAACCACGCCCGGCGUGGAUCGUGAGCCAAUGGGGCCGGGUGCCGGUGAGGGAGUCGCGCAGGGCCCGCCUUGCCACCGCGGCCGACUUAGUUGACAUGAAACUAUCGCGAGGCGCGGUCGCGUUCCCGACCCACCACCACACAACUGUGCUCCAGGGUGCUCUACCAUACAUCUGUCAGUGUUUGCGGUACCCCUGUGCUUCUGAAAUGACUUAAAAGAUGAAUGAAGGCAGCCCAAUUCACAGUUAAUGUUUGUUUUGUUAUUUUAUUUAUGAGUGAACAUUUGAAGAAAAUCAACAAAGUGUUGGGUGUAAAGGUGGAAAUGAAGACGGAGCACCGCACGUGCUGCGCGUGCGGGGAGCCCAUCGCGGACCGCUUCCUGCUGGAGGUGGGCGGUGGCGCGUGGCACACGGCCUGCCUGCGCUGCUGCGUGUGCGCCGUGCAGCUCGACCGCCACCCCUCCUGCUUCCUGCGCGACCGCCAGGUCUACUGCAAGCAGGAUUACGCCAAGAGUUUCGGCGCGAAGUGCUCCAAGUGUUGCCGGGGCAUCUCGUCGUCGGACUGGGUGCGCAAGGCGCGCGAGCAGGUGUACCACCUGGCGUGCUUCGCGUGCGACGCGUGCGGCCGCCAGCUCUCCACCGGCGAGCAGUUCGCGCUGCACGAGGACCGCGUGCUCUGCAAGCCGCACUACCUCGAGACACUCGACGGCGGCUCCAUCUCCUCGGACGAUGGUUGCGACUCUGAAGGUUAUCACAAAAGCAAAGCCAAGCGAGUACGGACGACUUUCACCGAGGAGCAACUGCAGGUUCUCCAGGCGAACUUCCAGCUGGAUUCGAACCCCGACGGGCAAGACCUGGAGCGGAUCGCGCAGGUGACGGGGCUCAGCAAGCGCGUCACGCAAGUCUGGUUCCAGAACAGCCGCGCGCGCCAAAAGAAGCAUCAGCACACUGGGAAAGGGAAACAAAACCAGCGUUGGUGUAUUUUGUCCGCAGUGAUGUCGCGGGACACGGAUCCGGUGGGGUUUGGCCGGCCGAUCAACCUGCACCUCACAUACUCCUUCCAGAACAAACCCCCUUUUGUUCCGAUAGACGGCACUUCGUUUACGGAUUCCUCGAUGGAUGAGCUCUCGGAAGAUUCGUCGAUCCAUUGCAUGCAGAGUGAAGUUUAAAAUUAAAACCAUUAGGUAUCUACUCGUAUAAA